AUGACCCUCUUAACCGUCAGCGACGCGGACCGCCGCAGGCGAAAAGCGGAACUCGCGGAAUUUAAAGCAGACAUCGCCAUGAUCAGGGAGCGGUUCCAGAAUAUAAAGCAGGAGGAUAUGCAGCUGUCUUUCCAGCUGCACCACAUGCACGAGCAGGAGGACAGAGAGCACGCGGGUCUCAUCAGCGGCCGCGGUAUCCGCGCGUACGAGCCGCCUACCAUCCGCAAGAUGUACGACUCGGUCACGCAACCCACGCCCUCCACCACCCCUUCUUCUCCUGAACUUCACGGCUCCAAGGCGCCAGCGCCAACCUCGCCGUCGAACGCGGAGAACCAGCAACCCGCGUCCUCCGUCACCUCCGCCUCUUCCGGCGCCGGGUCAUCUGCCGGAGCGUUUUCGUUGAUUCAGGAUCUGCUAUCGGGGCAGCGGCUGUUCAGCGAGGUGCUGCCGUGGUCGCGCUCGAACCCCCCGGCGGACGCCGCCAACUCGGGCGACGCACUUCUCAAGCAGGCGGGGCUUGACGGCUUCACUCUCCUGUCGCCCAACGCGCAGUCGCAGAACCAGUCGCCAGCCGUCGCACAGUCGCCGCAGAAGGAGUCUACCGCGUCGCAGGCCUCAAGCGUGGGGCUGCUUCCGCUCGGCAACGAGGGUUCCGGCUCUGAGAUUGUGUCUUCCCCGCAAAGGUCCUCCGCGCUUUCCCCGCCCGCCGCCAGCGCGGAUACCACUGGCGGAAGCCCCCCCUCCGUUCCGCGGCUGUCUCGUGUGCGCCGACCCACGCAUCGCGCGAGCGCAGUCUCCGUGUCCUCCCCCGCCUCUUCCACCUCUGCGCUCCGCACCCCUUCAUCGGCGCAAGCUGCGCGUCCCCCCUCCCCUUCGCGCGUCGUGAGCCUUUCGGAAAACUCUCCUUCCUGCGUUGGGCAAGGGGUAUCCCCCUCUUCGAGCGCCACGCCAUCAAUCGGCGCCCAGCAGACUCCCCUGCGGGCGCUGACGCCCGCGCAACAGCUGCGCGCCGAGCUGGCAGAACGGCGCAGCGGCGUGGCGGCGAAGCUGUUCUCGGACGCCGCCAAGGAGGCGCUGCUCGUGCGCGCAGGGUUGCUUCCGGGGCCCGCGGAUGCAGGCGCGAUCCGCGCGCGCAGCAGCGAAGAAGGCGCGGGCGCAGGCGUGGGGGACAGCGCGGGCGCAAUCCGCGCAACUCUGGCGGAAAGAGUGGCGCAGUCGGCGUCCGCUGGUUCCGCCGGCGCGACGCCAGGCAAGAUCGAGGAAGGGUGGCAAUCGGAGAGCGUGGCGGAAUCGCUGAGGCUGAGUGGGGAGCUGCGGAGCAGACUGAGGGCGGCGCUGGGGGAGAGGGAAUGCGCCAAGAGCGGGCGUGGCGGCGGCGGCGGCGGCCAGCUGUGCGGCCGCUUGCUGCUGCUACUCGUCGUCGCACAAGGUCUUUAUAUUCUUAAGCUUAAAUUCUCCCCGCGAUCUGACGCGCAGCGGCAGAGCGCCGCGACGGCCGCUCAGAGCCAAUCAAACGGCCACGAUUUGACGAAGCUGUUCAGCGCGAGCGGCGCGGUAAACGCGCAGCGGGAUGUCGACGCGGAUUCGAUUCACCUCGGCGGCCCGCGGACCUACGAAGCUUCGCGUGGCGCCGCCGGGUACGGGAGCCACGAGCGCAAGUGGGUGCGGAAAUUCGCUGGCGGCGGCAUCAACGCAAACGACGACUCGGAGCCGGGCGAAGAGACUCGGAAAGGCGUAGAGUUUAGGAGUGGCGAUGAUGAUUGGAUGGUGGACGGGACUAAGACGACUCGACCCCUGAUAGUGGAUGAGGAGAGCGCAGGGCGCGGGGGAAGCGGGGGGGAGGAGGCGGAGCGGAAGGGCGUGGAGUUUAGGAGUGGCGACGAUGAUUGGAUGGUGGAUGGGACGCAGACGACUCGGCCGCUGAUAGUGGAUGAGGAGAGGGGGGGGACCGGGGGAGGCGGGGGGGAAGAGGCGGAGCGGAAAGGCAUGGAGCUGAGAAGCGGCGAUGAUGAUUGGAUGGUGGACGGGACGCAGAGCGGACAGGAGGUGAUUGUAGACGAGGACACGUGGCGCGAGGCUGAUGACGUGGCGUUUGGGCGGGACUUUGAGAAGCAGCCAAUUACUGUGAUGGCGUACGAGGUACGUCCAAGUCCAACCACCCAUGGGAAGCAGCUGAUUACUGUGAUGGCGUACGAGAUCCGCAAGUACCCAUGCGACGUGCCGUGCGAGCUGGUCGGCAAGCGCCGCCCAUCCCAGCUGGACGCAAGCCUGGCGGGCGGCGUGCCUCGGCACAAGGCGGUGCUGCGAUCCAUGGAGCCCCGAGGGUACUACAAGAGCAACGACCCCGCAUGGGCGCACAGGGAUCAUGCUGUGGUGAUGACAGUGCAUUAUGACUCAGAUGUGCCAGUGCAGUACGGGUCAUGGGAGGAGUAUCAUGUCAUGCGCCCCCCCGUCAACAAAACCGCCUCCGCUCUCGCUGCUGCCUUCAUCAGCAACUGCCAUGCCAACAACUUCAGGCUCGAGGCAGUAAAGGAGUUGAGUCGGCACAUGGAGGUGCAUUCGUACGGUCGCUGUCUCAACAACAUGCCAUACGAAACCGACAAACUCCCCGUGCUGGCACAGCACUUGUUCUCCUUCGCGUUCGAAAACACCUGCGAAGGCGACUACGUCACUGAGAAGUACUGGCAGUGCCUCGUUGCCGGCUCCAUCCCCGUCGUCAUCGGCGCCCCCAACAUCGCCAAUUUCGCCCCUUCCCCGAACUCCUAUCUCGAAAUCAAAUCUUUGGAGGAUGUGCCACGGGUCGCGCAGCAGAUGGUUACGCUCGCUGGUAACCAGACGGCAUAUGAUGAGAUGCUAGCGUGGAAGAAAGACGGGCCUUCCCAGGCAUUUAUCGCUAAUAUGGAUCUAUCAGCUGUGCACUCCUCUUGCCGCCUCUGUAUCUUCCUCGCCGACCGAAUCCGGAGAAAGGACCUGGAUGCUGCCAAAACCCGCCGCCCGUGCCGGUGCGAGGCGCCAGGGAAGCGGGAAGGGGAGAAGCUGGUGGUAUACCACCUGUAUGUGAGAGAACGGGGAACGUUCCACUUCACAUCAGUGUUCCUGCGCAGUGACCACCUCACCCUAAGAGGACUCACAUUAGCGAUAAGACGGAGUUUUCAGAAAAAGACGCACCGGCCGGUUUGGGUGGGGAAGCGGCCGGCGUCGCUCGGAGGGGAUGAGAAGGCAUGGGCUUUAAAGAUCUACAGGAUAUACCCGGCGGGUUCGACGCAGAGAGAGGCGUUGUGGGGUGAGGCGUGGUUCCGGAACUUGUCUCAGGUAGUGGCGCAUGUGACUGCACACCCCUGUGCUCGGCUAGAAGUGAUCUUCGUAUGA